CCUCGAGCUCCCCCAGUUUUCCAGGCACGCAGCGGCGCUCGAGCUACCUACCUGCGGCGCGGCGUACGACGCCUGGCGCAGCCAUUGACCGGUGCACUGCUUGUGGUUAGCUCGUGACAUGCUGGUCAACUCCUCCUCGUCGUCGCCCCCGCCAGGGGAGCAGCAUGCAAGGUCGCCGUCGCGGCAGAGGAGGUACAAGGGCGUGCGGCGGCGCAAGUGGGGCAGGUGGGUGUCGGAGAUCCGGCUGCCCAACAGCCGCGAGCGGAUAUGGCUUGGAUCCUACGACACGCCGGAGAAGGCGGCACGCGCAUUCGACGCUGCGUUCGUCUGCCUCCGCGGCCCGGGCGCAGCGGACGGGCUCAACUUCCCGGACUCGCCGCCCGCCGUCGGCCGGACCAGCGAUGCGCAGGAGGUGUACGCAGCUGCGGUGUCGCACGCCAACCGCGCUGCCACGGCUCCGCGGGAGGAGGCAACCGAUCCCACGCCAGUGCAUGACGACGUGCCAAUGGAAAGUCUGGCUGUGGCGACGAUGCCGACCCGGCUGGAGGUGGAGACGUUCGACUGGUCCCAGCUGAUGGCCAACCCGCCGCCGCUCUUCUCGCCAACCGUGGUGGCGAGCCACGCCCACCUGCCGGUAUCGCCAACGGGCGUCGACAUGGAGGAGGACGAGAGCGGUGCAUACCCUGGCCUUUGGAGUUUUGAUUCUGAUGGCUCGUGCUCUCGUCACUAGUGGCUGAUCAGUAGACAACGAAACCGAAAAGAACUCAAUUGGUCGUAUCGUAACAUCCACCGGUCGCGACAACGAGUCACCUACCUAGUAGGCUAGCACUACCACCUAGCUAGUGACAUUUUCUGGACCUUCGCACGACACCCUUCAGGCAGGUGCACAUGUCAGUCUCCUCUAAAGAUGUUGACGCCAGUCAAGUGGCCAGCCAUCGCAUGUCACUGCUUAAAAAAUUAUUUUUCAAGAUAUUUAGAAUAA